GGCUCAAGAUGUCCGGGUUGGGCAAGUGCGCCGUUGCGUGCUGUUGACUAGGCGCAUGGCGGCCAGGCAAGCAAAUGGCUCGGGGCCGGUGGUUACGCGGCGAGUCGGUGGCAUGACCGGGAACGGGCUGAAGGCGCCGCCGAGCGGAAGCGCGCGCCUGAAGCCCACGAUUCGGCAAACCAUCGAGUCCAUCACCAGCACCGGGAGCCAAGCAGAGUACAUCAGACCUGAGCAGACCAUCAUCCUUUUCGACUGGGACGACACGCUUUGUCCAUCAAAUUGGAUAAGAGAGAAUCGCCCAGCUUUGAGCUUCUUCAAGCCCUGCCCUCCAGAUGAGAAGUACCAGGGGCCCUUGCGGGAAUUGCAACGGCAUGUAGAGGCCACCUUGAAGCUUGCGAUGAAGAUGGGCAAGGUCAUUAUUGUGACGAAUGCUAUGGAGCCUUGGGUGGAAACCUCUUGCAGGAAUUUUCUCCCAGCUCUGAUGCCGAUUGUAUCGCAAAUCCAAGUGAUUUAUGCAAGAUCUGUUUUCGAUACUAUGGCCUGUGAAGCAGCCCACAAGGCUCGUGGGUCGUCGCCGGGCCGGGCCUUGCCCGGUCUCUACACAGCCAACGGCUUGAACAAGGCCGCUGGGCAGCGAGUGCAGCAGGUGGACGAGAUGGCCCCCCAGAAGUGGAAGGAGAUGGCCUUCGAGCAAGAGAUCACAGGUUUCUACUCCCGCUAUGCGCAGCAGAGCUGGAAGAACAUCAUCUCCAUUGGAGACUCGAUCUUUGAGCGCGAUGCCGUACGCCGAGUGGUCAUCAACCGCCCCACUGCAAACAGAAAGUGCCGCACCAAGACAGCAAAGCUGUUGGAUGAGCCGGAGAUUGAUGAGCUGAUCGCACAGGUGCGGGUCAUUCAUGACGCCAUCGGCCUCAUGGUCCAGUACGAUGGAAACCUCGACAUUGAGAUUGACGAGGAAGACCUGAAGCUGGACUUGUCUUUGGCCGAGAAGAUUAUGGACAGGUGAGGUUUGCCUCUACUUGGCAAUCAGCAGACAUGUAAGCUGAAGCGAAUACUUGCAUCCUGUGCUGCCCAUGCCAAGCAUGGCAGCAGUUCAGAAAACACACAUAACUCGAGGGCUGAAAAGUUCAUACUUGUGAAGCGCCUCAACCGUUUCAUCUGGUGUUCUCGCCAGCCACUCGGAGGUUCUUGUUGUGAUCCUGUGUCACAAGGGGAAGGGCCAUCAAGGGCUAGCAGCUUUUGUGACCAGCCGCCAAAUCGAACCACUGGGACCUUAGGCA